UUGCGUGCUGAAUGACAGAGGAAGAAAACGAUAACUGCAAGAUUCAAAAGCUUAAUCAGAAGCAAACAAAAAAAUAUCUGACAAUUCUAUCUUCGUUUUCUUUCCUUUGCUCUCUUUCACGAGAGUGACUUCUCAGUUUCGCUAAAUCUGAUUGUUUCUUUUCCUUUUUCUGCUGUGUGGUUUUUGGUCCCCGAUUGAUUACGAGUUAUGGUGAAAUGAUGGCAGCAGGAGAAGCAAGAGCUGUGUGGCAGAGAACAGUGAACCGUUACUUUGUCCAAGAAGACGCUAAAAGAGCCCCCAAGUUAACAACCUCUUGCCAAACUUCCUCUUCAUCAACUGUUUCCUCUAAACAGGUUGAAGAGUCCGGAUCUUCUCGUCCUGUUGUUGAUCCACAGAACCAAUCAUCACCUUGUGCAGGUUUCAUGCCUCUUCAUCCAAACCCUCAUCUCUUACCACACAACACCAGAUUGUGGGGUCAUCAUCAUCUUCAUCACAUUCAGCAAAACCAAAACGAACCAGUGAAGACUUCACUGGAAACUGAGGUUGAGGGAGGCAAGUCUGAAAGCUUUCAAGAAUUUGUAGAGUUGAUGGAGACUAGGGAGAGUUAUGGUUCGGUUGGGAAUGAUGAGUCCUCUGAGAAAAAGUUAACAAGUGAGCUAGCUUUUGAUCCCAGCUCUCCAUGGAAUCCUCUCUCUAGCGAGAAAGCUGCACCGUGGUGGAGAACUACAGAUAAAGAUGAACUAGCUUCCUUGGUUGCUCAGAGGUCUCUUGACUUUGUUGAGAAUUGCGACUUACCAACACCGCAGAAGAUGAACCGCUCUUACUAUGGUAGUCCACGUUCUUUUGACUCUGAUGUAUUACGGGAUCGCUUUGCCUCUAACCACGAGCGCGUGACAAGCAGAGGAAACAGCUUCAAGAACAGAACAGAGGAGGCUUCCUCUGAGUCUGACUUGAGCAAAUCCGAGCUGCUAGAAGCGCUGAGGCGUUCUCAGACAAGAGCUAGGGAAGCUGAAAACAUGGCUAAAGAAGCGUGUGCAGAGAAAGAGCAUUUGGUGAAGCUCUUGUUGAAGCAAGCCUCGGAGCUUUUCGGGUAUAAGCAGUUGCUGCAACUGCUUCAGCUUGAAUCAUUAUACCUCCAAAUCAAGAGCAAGAAGAUUGAGGACAACAAGGAGACACCACCGGUUUCCAUCCCUUGGAGCAAUACCAAAGCAAGAAAACCGGGGAGGAAGAGAAGAAGCAAAAGGAGUAAACCGAAUGGGUUUGUUGAUUUAGCAUUGGGGAUGAGUCUUGUUGGUGCUGGUUUGCUUCUGGGGUGGACUGUUGGAUGGAUGCAGAUGCUUUCUUUCUAAUCCAAAGAGAAGAGAAGAGAAGAAGAAAAAAUUUCACACUUUUUCUCACUGAGCAGCUUGAUAAUGAGUAUGUAAACUGUUGUAAGAAUUUUGUUAAUAUUGUGUUUCUAGUUUGAUCUUAAAAUGAAAUGAUCUUUCAUGUAACAUAUGCAUAUGUUUGAGUUGUUAGCUAUAUGAUCUUUCUUUCAUGUACACAAAAAUAGCUUAAUGUCAUUUGCUUUAUGUUUUGUGUUUUAUUGAAAUUUGAAAGAUAUUUU